AUGAGGGUAAGCCUACUACUAUUCCUAAGGAUAGGGUUAAAAUUAAAACUAGUACUGUUAAAGCUGAUGGUAGCUGUACUAAUGCUGCUCCUGCUCAGAUUACUGGUAAUGUCAAAAUUACUGAUCCUACUGAGAAUGCUGGUCCUACUCUUGAGAUUACUAACGUUACUGAUGCUAAUGCUCUUAAGGAAACUGGUGGUGAAACUCAGUGUACUGUUAGUGAGUCUAUUAAGGAUGGUAAAGGUACACUUACUAUUAAAUAUGAGCAUACUCAGGGUAGUGUUGAGAAGUGUAUUGAAAUUACUCUUACUGGUGGUAUUAAUACUAAACCUGCUACUGUUGCUUAUGGUCACAUAUUUACUGAAGGUUUUGAUACCAUUCUAUCUAAUUGAUAAGAUUGAAAUGGUACUUCUAAUUGCGACAUUCUUUCCACCUGUGAUUGUUGCACUUCUUAACAGAGGCAUAUUUGGUGAUGAUACUAAAGCUUAUUCACCCAAAACAUGUCCCGAUACUGAAGGCGGACUGGGUGGGUGGCGACCAUACACACCGCAAUAUUGUCCUGGUGCUACUGGUGAGGUGGAUAAUUCCUUCUGGCACGCUUUUGAUAUCCUUCUUGUUAUUAAAAUAUCUCUAGUUGCAGCUGUACUGUGGACCAAGGCCUAUUGGGAAGGUGAAAAAGCUAUGGAUAACUGGCCUGCACCUGAUGAUAAUCAGAGAAAUUGUCAAAUACUCAAAGUGGAAGCUGAUACUGCUUCUAGUCCUAAUACUCUAACAUACUCUAUAGAUCCUAACUGGACUGAUAGCCAUGCCGAAGGUGUCUGUGGUUUUAAGAAGUCUGUUGCUUAUUAUGCUCACUUUAUAUCUCCAAGUCUUAUGGUCCUUGUUGGCAUGGGACUUCCACUUCCAAACCUUACCAUAGAAACAACAGUGAGUAGAUUUGUGUUUAUCAUGGAACUCACCUUCAUUGUAUUGGACAUCUGCAAGAUUAACAGUGCCGGUGAGAUUAUUACUACUAGGAGCGAGGUUGAGGGUGAGGCUUGA